AUGCCCGCUCUUUCACGUUCAAUAACUCCGAUUAAUGUUCAUGAUUACAAUCAAGAGGAUGUUAAUAUUGUUUGUAUUUCUUUAAUUAAAGGGGCUGAAUUUAAAGGUAAUCAACACGUUGGUUCAAUUGUUGAUUUGUCGAGUAAUGCCCAUGGUCUUAGUCUCAUAUUACCUAAACUAGAAAUUUCGUCCGGGCUUUAUGGAUUGAGUUUAGAACCAAUAAUUAUUUCAUCAUGUAAAAGCGCAAAGAUUCUUUUAACUUCUCCACCAAAUACUAAGCUGUUGCUUUUACAACCAUUUAUUAUUUUUUCUUGUUUGGAAGUAGCCAAACAACAAGUUUCAACUUCACAAACUAUAAUUGAAGAAUCAAAAAGCCUACUUAAAAUUGACUAUUCAUCACUCGGAUCAGGGAUUCCAUUUAGCAAAAGGCCAUAUGAAUGCAGAUUUGAUUCCCCCACAUUUGCAAAGGAUGGAUCAUCAAUUAAUUACAAAAAGAAACAAGUUUAUUGGACAUGUUUUUCUAAGGUAGAAGAACUUUUAGUAAUUAAUUUAUUUUCAGAAAUGAGAACAUUGGAAAAAAUCCUCUUAUCAAUUGUUGAUGAUAUGCAUUCGCCUUCCAAUAAGAUUUCUGUGAAAUCACCUUGUAAUGGGACAAUGCACGAGAAUAAACAAGGAAUUUUGGCUAGGAAUCAAAUAUUUUUAAGAAUUGAAUGUGAUGAAGAAAAUCUGCCUAAACUUUUAAAUAGUAGAGAUUUAGUUCUUAGGCAAAGACAAUUAAGAAAAAAAUGA